AUGGUACCAGCCAUGCUUUCUCCCUGGCCUUCAGGGGUCCCACAAAAGCUCCCGCCCAUAACUUCAAAUCGAUUCAUCUGGGCCGCCGGGGGGCGCUGCGCACCGAGACCCAGACUCUAUGGUCACUCCUACUCCCAUGAGGAAGCGCGACCAGGGCACGCCUAUAUACUUCCGUUUCCGGCCCGGUCUCUUUCUUUCCGUGCCGAUAGCGCUCUCGCAAGCAUGGUGAACGUUCCUAAAACCCGCCGGACCUUCUGUAAGAAGUGUGGCAAGCAUCAGCCCCACAAAGUGACACAGUACAAGAAGGGCAAGGAUUCUCUCUAUGCCCAGGGAAAGCGGCGGUAUGACAGGAAGCAGAGUGGCUAUGGUGGACAGACUAAGCCAAUUUUCCGGAAAAAGGCUAAAACUACAAAGAAGAUUGUCCUGAGACUUGAAUGUGUUGAGCCCAACUGCAGAUCUAAGAGAAUGUUGGCUAUUAAGAGAUGCAAGCAUUUUGAACUGGGAGGAGAUAAGAAGAGAAAGGGCCAGGUGAUCCAGUUCUAAGCUUCAUCUUUUAUUACAAAUAAAAUCUUGAG